GGCUCCAGUCUCCGCCUGGCUUCUCGGGCUGCAUCCUUCUGGACCUCCCCUGAGACCAGGGGGAGUGCGGAGCCUCAGAGAGAGGCCAAGCACCUCUACCACCACCACCACCAUCACCACCACCUAGCCUCAGCGCUUGCCCAGGAUUUGCGAGGGCGGGAGGCUCCCAGGUUUAAUGGUGGACGUCCCCUUGCCACUGGGGCAGUCCUGGGGUACUUGUGGCAGUGCCUGCCACCUAGUGGCAAAAGAGAAUCGCCAUCAUGUUGGCCAGUCUACACAGUCCUAAUGGUUAAACAGAUGCAUCACUGCCUAGACAUGUAAGAACAGCAAACUGGGGGAGACACCAGAGUUAUGAUGAAAAAAAGUGGUGAAAUGGUACCACAGUACCAAGAAAUGAGACCUCUGGGUUUCAACUCCAACACAGUACUUCUGAUGAAGAGACCUGAGUUGCAGUUGCAUUUUGGUCAAGGAUCUUCCUCUCCACCAAAGAUGUGACUGACUCCAGGCUCAGGAAGGGAUCUGAUGAUAUGGAGCCGGCAUUAAACUGCUCUGAUCUGUGUCACCGUGUCCCCAGUCAGGAACUGAAUGACAGAUCUCUUCAGGAUUUCUGUGGAACAGCUGUAACCUCUGCCGACCUUGGCACUGAGCCCACCUCCUCAUUGUCUUCUGUCCUCUUGGGCAUCGUGUGGACUUCCCUCAGUGGUGGACUUCUUCUGGUACUCUUCUUUCUCAUCUUCACAAUCCGAUGUAGGAACAACAGGAUCGUGAAGAUGUCCAGUCCCAAUCUGAACAUUAUGACCUUGAUGGGCAGCGGUCUGACGUACACAAGUGCAUAUCUCUUUGGGGUCCCAGAUCAAGAUAUUUUUCUGGGAUCCUCCAUGACAACACUCAUUCAGGUCAGACUGUCCCUACUAUGUGUCGGGAGUUCCUUAAUGUUUGGCCCCAUACUAGGGAAGAGCUGGAGACUGUACAAGGUUUUUACCCAGCGGGUCCCAGACAAGAGAGUGAUUAUUAAAGACCUACAGCUGCUUGGGCUGGUAGCAGUGCUGGUGAUGGUUGACGUUAUCCUGCUUGUGACAUGGGUAUCAUCUGAUCCUAUCCAGUGCCUUCAGAUUCUUCGUUUUACAGUGAGGAUGACAGAGAGAGACAUCACCUGUUCCGUGACCAAGAUGUACUUCUGUGCCUCCCUUUACUCCGAUCUCUGGAUUACUCUCAUUUUGGGAUAUAAGGGUAUAGUCCUGCUCUAUGGUGCCUACCUGGCUGGGCUGACAGACCAUGUUAGUUCUCCACCAGUGAAUCAGUCUUUGACGAUCAUGGUUGGAGCCAAUCUUGUUGUGCUGGUUGCUGGGCUCCUUUUCUUGGUCACCAGAUUCUUCCAUGACUGGCCCAACCUUGUUUUUGGACUCACAGCGGGAGGCAUCUUCGUUUGUACAACAACCAUCAACUGCUUCAUCUUCAUCCCGCAACUGAAGCAGUGGAAGCCAUUUGAUGAAGAAAACCAAACAGUUGACCAUAUGGCAAAAUACUUCAGCAGCCCCAGCAAAAGCUUCCAUACUCCAUAUAGUGAGGAGCAGAUCUACCAUCUAAUAGGGGAGAAGAACUCCAUGAAAAAACUCCUGACCGAGAAGAAUGCUGUAAUUGAAAGCCUACAGGAGCAAGUAAACAAUGCAAAGGAGAAACUGAUGAGACUGAUGUCAGGCGAGUGCACCAAUGAUCAUCCUAGCCCAACUGCCUCCCUUGACCUUGCUCAGGGCAGGGCUAGCCCCAGCGAAGCCUCUGUCCAGGGGGGCAUGGCAGCUGAAGGUCUUUUCAACAGUCCCUCAGAUUCUGGUGGGGAGCCCUGCCCUGCCUUCCCAGAUACACAAUGUAGUCCAGUCCUCUUUACUAGUUUACAGAGCCUUAAGGAUCAUGUCAAGGACCAAAACUCUUCCUCACGACAUCAGGAGCAGAUUUCUGACUCAGAAGACACAUCUAACCAUUUACACUUAGAAAAUACCCAGAAGCAGCAGGCUUCCCAGAGUGGUGGUCCAGAAUCAGGAGACCAGGGGCUGACAUCCCCAAGCCAGAAUCUUAUACCAGAUCCCAAAGACAGCAUUCCUCAGAGACAGAAGCAGCUCAGAAAUUCAGAAACACCCCAAGAGCAGCCAUCAAAGAUUAAUUACGUGAGCAGUGAGAUGCUUCAAGAGGUCUUACAAGAACUGAGCCUGGGCAAAAUAAUUUACCCCUCUUGCUCUCCCAGUGGUCCCCAGUGCCUCAGGCCCAGGGUGCACCAAGAGGACAGUGCUGCCCACAGUCCCCAAAAGAGGUCUCCCUCUAAUGACAUGGGUAUUAGCCCCUAUAUGGUAAGAAGGAGACGGGCAGCCCAGAGAGCCUCCAUGCAACUCUCAAGGUCUAUGCCUUCACAAACAUGGUGCCUAAUGAACAAGACAGUUUCUAGGACACAGGCUGGGCUGAAGGUUCAGAGGGAGAACAGGUUCAACCAGGAGCUCCAGGCUGGGGAUCCUGAAGGACAAAAGUUCCUUUCAUGGAAACCUUCCCUGCUCACUUCGGCCCAUGGCAGUCUGAGUCCCCAGGCUGAGAACAGGCCGAGCCAGUCUGAGGAUCACAGAACCAGAGAAAGAGUAAGAGAUGGAUUUCAAAACCAAUCUUCCUGCUCUGGUCAUGUAGAAAAUCAAGUUGCUCCUCUCCUUGCCAGUAACCCACCAAAUCUCCUCCGGCUGGAGCGACCGCAACUGAGUGGUAUGGGCUGGCCAGCCCUGCCUUCUCUAUGUGACUAUGGAGAUUCUGAGUCCAGCAGCUCCGAUGAACCGUUCUGCCGCUGCCAUCGGCCUUACUGUGACAUCUGCUUCCAGAGUUCCAGCGACUCUGGUGACAGUAGCACUUCUGAGAAUGAUCCUGAACCACCACAAGGCACAGCCCAUUGGGCCAAGCUGUAUGCCAGGUCCCACACCAUUGUGAACUUCAGAGAGGACUUGAAACCUACAUUGGUAUAAAAACAAGUGGAGGCAGUGUAUUUAGAAGGGUAUGAUGAUGUCCUCAGAGGUCUACAGGAGACCCUUUUGACUCCAAGGGAAUGGAUCUAAGUUCAUUCAGCAAGUAUUUAUUAAGCCACUGUUCUGUUCAUGACCAACUCACUGUGUGACCUUGGUCAAGUUGUUUCUUCUCUUUGUGAUUUAGUGUCUCCAUUUAGAAAUUAGAAUGCUGUUACCUGCCUUGUCACUACCUCAUAGAGGUUCAAUGACAGUCCCUGAUGGGAUGUCUGCAAAACCAUUAAGAUACUGAGAGGCAAAUUUUAGCUCAGCCUUAUGAAGAAAAACUUCUUAACAACUAAAGUUAUCCAAGGGUAGAAUGUGAGGCCUAGAGGAGGGGACAGAGGAGAGGUCCCCAUUCUAAGAGCUUAGUGAAUAGAAGCUGAAUCCACACUUGUUGGACAUGCUGUAAAAAAAAAAGGCUUCCUUCUGAGGCAUGCAUCAAAUUACAUGAGAUCCCUUCCCACUCUGUGACUCUGUAGUUCUAAAAAGUGCUUUGAGUUCCUUGGAUAAAAGGUAUUGUGAGUACCAAGUCUUGUGUUGAAACUACACUGGUUGCACUGGAUUUUUUGGUGCUUGAUGAAUACUUACUGAAUGAAUGGAUGAAUGGAUGCAUGAAAUCUAUGAAGCCAGUUCAGUGCCUGUGGCACCUGAAUUUGAUACUUUGGUCAGAAUGGGUUCUAUUUUCAGAAUAAGUACACAGGCUCAAGCAAUCUCCUCUAUCCCCAUCUUCCCAUCUCUGUAAAGGGAAUUGAUUUUAAUGCAGGGCUACUAGAAAUCUUUUUGGUGCUAUUGAAGACCAUACUGACCAUCACUCACAUUCCUGCCUCUCUGGCGAGGUUUAGGGUUAUGCCUUUAGCGUAGUGUAGGAGGACAGAAGGUAGGAUACUGAUUAACCAGAAGAAGAGAAGACAUGAAAAUUAGAAUCAUUGUCUUCAAAUAUUUGAAUGGUCAUCAUUGCAAGAGGGAUUAAAUUUGUUCCACCUGGCCCCAGAAGGAGGACCUAGGGGCAGUGGGUAGAAGAUGAAAAGAGACAGACUUUGGUUCCGUGGAAGGAAAAAAAUUGCUGAUAAUUAGGGCUGUCCACAAGUCAAAUGGGCUGCCUUGGGAGGUGACGGGGUUCUUCCCCAUUCCUGAAAGUCUUUCACUGGAGGCUGUUUUACCACUUGUUUGGUACGUCAUAGAAGGUAUUCCUGUUCAAGUCUGGCUUAGACCAUAUAGCUUCCAAUUCUGACUGAAAUUAUAACACAAAAUGUAUCUUUGGUUGCUAUCUACCCUUCCAGCCCUUUCCCUCAUUACUUCAGGUAGUAACUUCAUAAUGUCUUCGGGUCUCCCCAACUGUAUCAAUAAGGCAAUCAUAACAAUGUAGAUGAUAAUUGUCAAGAUGCCUAUGUGGUUCUAUAUCGCAAACUAUACGAGACUCUCCACAUAGAAGGUAGAAGAAGUAAACCAUUUAUUCAGACACCAGAGAACCAUAUCCCACAAGCCAUUUAUCCAAUCUAUCACAGCAGUAAAACAUUCAAUAUGCAGUAUCACAGCCUGGAGCCUCGUCAUCCCAAAACCUCUCUGACCCCCUGCUGAGGUCUUCCCCAAAACAAACUCACAGUAUAGCUAAGUCAGUCUGUUCAAUUCUCACCAUCAAGGUGGCAGCCAUUAGCAGCCAUAACUGCUCUCUCUCUCUUUCUCUCUCUCUCUCUCUCUCUCUCUCUCUCUCUCUCUCUCUCUCUCUCUCUCAUCAUUUCCUAUGACAUAACUUCCUUUUCCUCUCAGGAAGCUCCUCCCACCACAUGUGACUUAGGCUUCCUGCGACAUAAGCAGGUCACAUCAUUGGCCUAUUAAUGGGUGGCAAAGAUCUUCAAAUCUAAAUUGCUACUACAUCAACCCUCCAUUGAAACACACCCUAAAUAAGCUUAGAUGACACCUUUCUGAUUCUAUCUAUCCCCACCCUGUGUUCAUUUCCUUAGGACCUCUGAUUUCCCAAUGUUGGUAUUGCUUAUAGGGGACAUGGAUUUUAACUCUUUAAUAGUGAACUGGGUAUUUCAUUCCUAGUGCACAAGAUGUCUCUAGGCAGGGUAGUUUUACACCACCUAAGGGACUUUUUCCUCCAUCUAUGCAUAAGGCCAGUCCCUGAAUAGAUCCUUCUACCCUGUGGAACAGGAAACAGGAGAGAGAAGAGAAAAGAGGAGAGGAGAGGGAUGUGAGAGAAAGCUUUGCUUACCUCCUCAUCCAUGGAUAGAGGAAGGAGAAGGAAAAGAAGCUUCAACCUUGUGAGAAGAAAAGAAAAUUUGAGUAGCUUGGGGGGAAAGCCAUGGUAGAACAUUUUUCUUUUCUUCCUGUAUACCAGGGCAGCAAAGAGUAGUGACUGUCUCCUUAUGGGGUAGGAUGAGGGGAAGAGACCUUCUUCAUAGGAUCACAAGAUCAUGAAUUAUAGGUAGGAGAUACCUUAGAGACUCAUCUAGUCCCACCCCCUCCUUUUAUAGAACAGCUAGUUAUCACUAUGGAUAGAGUGUUUGACUUGGGUUUAGGAAGACCUGAGUUCAAAUCUUACUUCAGAUACUUACUAACUGGAGAAGUCACUUUCCCUCUCUUGGCACUCAGUUUCCCUAUCUAUAAAAUGAGAAUGAUAAUAACACCUACCUCACAGAAUAGUUGUAAGGCUCAGAUGAGAUAAAAAGCUAAUUGCAAACCCUAAAGUGCUAUAUAAAUGCUAGCUGACAUUACUGCUGAGGGGGGAGUGUAUCAUUACUGGAUGGGGAAACUGAAGCCUGAAUUGGUUAAGUGGCUUGCCCAGGAUCAUUGUUAAUUAGUGUCUAUGGCAGGAUUUGAACUCUGGUCUUCCUAAUACUAAAUCCAACACUCUAUCCACAAUACCACAGCUUUGUCUUCUGACUCCUUGGCAGCAGUUGGGUGUGCCUAACUACAUUACUUAAGGGAAGCUGAGUCACAAAGAAAGACCAUACUCAUUAGCUGCCCUGAUCCAAUGGUCUUAUUUGCAGACCUAGCUGGUCACUGAACGUAUAUGUUCCUAUGCAUGUAUGUACAUGUGCAUGCAUUGGAGUGUCUAUACACAAAAGGGGGGUCUUGCCAUUUUGGCUUUGUGCAGUGUGAAAAUAUGGUUUUUGACAACUAGUAGGAAGUAUAUGACAAGCCUCAUGGCAUUAUGUAAAGAGCACGGGAUUCUGUUAGAGCCAGAGGACCUGAGUUCAUAUCUCAGCUCUGCUACCUACUUCCUGUCUAAUCCUGGAUUCAGGUUCCUCAUCUGUAAGAUAACAACGGGGCAAAUAAGUCCCUACUGACUCUAGGUCCCUAAUGCUCUGAACCAAUGGGCCAAGGACAACUUUCCUGAGAAGUCUAUCGUGUCAAUGUUAUUUAUUUUUCUUUAAACCAUUAACUGACUUUAUAAGUUAUUAUGUGUGGGUUUGUAGUUCUUAAUCAUUUUGUUCUUAUAUUGUUUGAGCUGUGGUUUAAUAAAAAGAGAAACCAUU